CGUCAAAGACGCGGAAGAAGGUGUAUUGAACAGUGCCAUUGCGACAACGUCAAUAUGUCUACCGUGCUCAGAACACUGCGGAACCUCCGCCGAGCUGGAAUUAAGGAUGCCCUUCAUCAGAUGCAGCACAUCGGUGACACCAAGGCCGGAACCCUAAUCGGCAUCGACAACUUCGGCAACAAAUUCUUCGAGAACAUGGAGGAAGAGCUCCCCCUCCGCACCCGCUGGGUCGACUACAAGCAAUACGAAUGGGAUCCUUCCCAAAUCGAGCCCGGAUGGCACGCCUGGAUCUCCUACGCGGUCGACAAGCCACCGACCCAGGACAAGAUCCUGCAGACGAUGCAGCGCCCCUGGGAGCUGCGCGAGCACCGCAUGAACCCCACCCAGUCGAGGGGCGCGUAUAAGCCGUAUAACACUGUGGUGCCGAAGAUAUCGGCGUGGGAGCCUAAGGUUGUUGCGCGCUAGAUUGGAGGGGAAGAAGGAGGAGGAGAGGGGG